GUGUGCGUGAGUGAGAAUACGCUUUAGAGAGAGAGAGAGAGUAAAAUCGAUCUUGGGCUUCCCCAAGAUCCAGUCUUUACCAAAUGGAUUCCAUUCAUGUGAUCAGAUUAGCCUUUUGUUCUCCAUGAUCUUAACAAAUUCGAUUUAGGGUUUAUCGUUUCCUAAAAUUUAGGGGUUUUCGUUUUUGCUAGUUUCCUCUGUUUUCUUCAUUUUUUCUGCUGAAUUUCAAUCUGGGUAUUCUCGAUCUUGAAUCAUGAAACAAGAUCAUGAGCAGAAGAUUCAUGUGUGCAGAUAUUGUGAACAAAGUUUUUCGAAUGGGAAGAAGCUGGGAGGUCAUAUGAGGGGUCAUUUAGCGUUAAUUUCAGCUAGCAGAAAAAAGGGUACUCGAGAAAAUGAUCAAGAAGCUAUUAAUCGCGAAAAGGGUGUUCAUAUUUUUGAUGAUGAUGCUGAUGAUGAUGAUCACGUAAUCAAGAAAAGUAAAUGUUUUGAUCAAGAUUAUCAUCCUAAUGGCAGAAAACAGGGUAUUCAAGAACAUGAUCGAAAAGUUAUCAAUGUCGGAAAGCGUCUUGAUGAGGAAGAUAGCGAAUUAAUCAAAAUGAGUCACCAGCGAUUGGGUUUUUACGAAGCUUAUGAUGCUAAUGGCAGAAAACAUGGGAUUCAAGAACAUGAUCAUGAAGUCGUUAAUGGCGACAAGUGUCUUGAUUUUGAUGAUGAUAACGACGAAAAUCGAAGUCAACAAACAAUUGAUUUUGACCAAGAUUAUGGCGCUAACGUGUACGUUCUAAGAGAGAACCCUAAAAGAUCAUGGAGGGUUUCGAGUUCAAAUUCAAAUCCAAAUUCAUCAAAAGCUUUUGCUUCACACAAAAGAUGUCAUUCUAGAAAAGAAUCGAUCAAGAACACUGUGUGUGAAAAAUGUGGUAAAGGUUUUGAUUCAGUGAAGGCUUUGUAUGGUCAUAUGCGAUGUCACUCCAUCAAAAGAUCUCAGCCGUUGGAUGAAUCAUCUGCAUUUUCGUCAUCAGAUGAACAUGAACAUGAUGAUGACGAAGAAGUAGCAAACCCUGUAAGAAAAAAGAGAUCAUGCACAAGGUACAAGUCUCCUAAGCCUAAUCACAUUUCCACUAGUUUUAGCUUUUCCAAUGAUGACGAAGUUGUAGAAGCGGCGUUAAACUUGAUGAUGCUUUCUAGGGGAGUUAGAAGUUUGGAUGGGGUUAAAUCCGUAAUUUCACAUGGCUAUUCAAGAACUCUUGAAAAGACUGUUGGAGUUGACUUUUUGGAUGAUGGGUCAAUGGAGUUUUGUAAAUUCAAGAGCAAUUCUGAAUUGGGUUUGAGAAAAGAUUUGGUUGUGGGGUCCGGGUCGGGUCAAGAUAAUACGGGUCGGUUUGGGUCAACUCUAGUGAAGUCCAAGUCAAUUGGUCAAGAUUUUACUGAUUCUGAGAUGUCAAUCGAGUUAAAAAGAAAAUCAAAGGACUAUAAAUGCCCGAUUUGCUUCAAAGGAUAUGUGUCAAUUCAAGGUUUGGCUAAACAUGAAAGGGUUCAUAACAAAACCGAAAGCAAAGUGAUAGAGAGUGAUUUUAUUCCUGAUAUUCAUAGACUUGUUGAUAUCAAUCUAAAGGAGGUAUCACAAGCACAAUGUAGGUACUAAUAAAAAGUUUUGAUUGUUUCAUAUUGUGUUUCUAAAGAAUAAAUCUUGUAUUUGAAUCUUUUUGGUCAAUUGUAUACAAGUUGGCAAUGGAUUAGUGAAGUUGUAGAUGUUGAAAUCAUUCUGUACUAAAUGGCUCACUUUAUAAAACAAUCUUUUCGG